UGAAAGUUCUCCAGUUGUGCUUGCUCUUAAAAUCUGCGCACGUGAACGCACUUACUCUCUUACUUCGCACUCCACCCGCCCCAACUUAUUAUUAUGUCCAGUCCAGACACCGAAGAGUCGUUCACCUCCGCUCAGGCCGCGAGGCUUCUUUUCGGCGUCGAACGAUACGAGGACUAUGUCCGCUGGCAACAGACGAUCGAUGACGAAAGGCACAUCCAGUACUAUGGCGACAGAGGCUACUGGGAGUUGGUUCGCGGCUUUGUCAAGAAUGGCCCUGUAGGGGAGUUGCCGGACCCCUACACUUUUAAGCUCUUUAUGAACUCCUUACGCCUGCGGGGCAAGCUUUAUCCGAAGAGUAGGGAGCCGCCGGCAACGACCCUCGCUAUAGCGAAAUGGUGUCGGCAUACGAUACAUCCCGGUAACACUUGCAACUCGGUAGACGCCUGCUCCGUCUGCCUGAUGAAACAAUGCGUCACAUCCCUCGGCCGGAUAUGGGAGCUCUGGGUGUCAGUUGGAGGUCCACACAGGGAAUUCAGUUUCGAGGAGAGGCCAUUAUACUACAGGAUCAGGGCGAUCUGGCAUGUGGAAAAGGUCCGAUGGGCGAAUCUGGUCGAUAAGUUCGAAGAAUUGGCGGAGCUCGAGCAAGAAUGGGAAGACAAGGAGAUGGGGUCGUCCGGUUAUACUUUCGAGGAGAUGGAAAAUGUUCAGUCAUGUAUGGCUGCUGUUCAGUCGUCAAGAGCGAAGUGUCCAAACAUGCCGGAGGGGGCUGACGUACCUUUCGCGCCUAUGACGAGAGCCAUCAAUGCACCCAAAACCAGCUCAACAUUAUCCACGCUGCAGCCAACGGAAGAGGUCUCCAGUUCCCCUCCUUUCAUGCCCGACCCGUUACAAAAGCCAUCGAGAUGGGAGACGCCGCCGCAGCUAUCCUCAGAGCACCCCGAAGCGCCCCGGUCAUCGCCGCCUUCGCCUCCGUCCUCCCCCAGCACCGCCUCAUCUAGCUCGCCCGGCACUGUUGGCGUUGGUUCAUCAGAGUACCUCCCGUCGCCACCACCUCCUCCUUCAUCUUCGCUUCCUGCGACCCCACCCCCGAGCCCGGUAAACCUGAAGAAGAGAGUUACCUUCUCAGAGGAUAUCGUGGAAAAUGGAAGUAGGCCUCUGGGCGAACUUCUCCGAAUCUCUCCGGCGUAUAGGAGGGGACGACAUUCGUGUCCUUCUGCAGACGGGUGGGAAGACACAAGCUUCAAGAAUGAGCCCUUCUUCCCCUAUCUUGAUGAAGAGGACGAGUUGUCGGAGGAGGAUGAACAGCUUGCAGGUGCCGCAUACGAACGAGUCCUGCAGUGGUAUGGCGCUGCCGAUGAUGGGGACGAAGCCGACUGGGACAUGGAUUCAGACAGCGACAGCGAUACAUCCUGUGCAUCCGACUGCAGUACGACAACCCUCGUGAUGGGCGAGAACGAUGGCAGCGCGCGGCAAGAGGGUCAACUCUUCAAGUAUCACAAAGGCGUACAGGAAGAGUUCGACAUGAUGCAUGUCUCGGAAUUUGAUUCGGACACCGACACCGAUGAGUUCGACGAUGCAGAGGCAGAGAAGGCGAUGCUAGAGCUGGAUCCAAUGGACUUGUGCCUACCCAACACCAACAGCUCCGCCCCUUUGGUUGAUAGGACAAGGUCGGAUGGAGGGACAAGAGGGGGCAAGGACCUGGAUGAGGACACUGGGGAAUAUAAGGAUGAGAGGGUGCUAGGACGUCGCAGCCGUCAGAUAUUUGAGAGGAGCUCAUUCCCCAUCGUUGAGCGUACGCAAGUAAAGCGUCAACGGCGGAGCAGUAUCUGAAAGCAUGGUCUUUGUCCGUUCCAUCGGCAGCGUCAAAGUAACCGAGGUGGGUACCUACUGCCGGAUAUUCCGAUGUCAAGAUCGAAACGAACGUUGAAAUGCCCGUCUAUCUGUGAACGUGCUUCAACGUUAGCAAGUGGGAUAGGGACGUAAGGUUCGAGGCGCUCGCGGACAUGUCCAUACCUAUUCGAUACCUCGAAGGCCUUCACGAUUGGCGUUCAAUAACCCAAUAUAAGAUGCUAAUAUGCGCGCGGCGACAUACAGCUUAACCCCUA